CACCUGUGUUUCCCGCUCCCCGAGGCGCACUCAGGACUCUCAGGUGUGCUGCUCGCGACUCGUAUGGACCACUGACCACGCCCCUACACAAGCAUGCCUCCUAAGGACAGAAAAGUGGCCGUAAUGGGCUACAGAAGUGUUGGAAAGUCAUCCCUGUGCAUCCAGUUUGUUGAUGGCCAAUUUGUGGACAGCUAUGACCCCACCAUUGAAAACACCUUCACCAAGAAGCUCAAGGUGAGGGGACAGGAGUAUGGCCUGGAGCUGGUGGACACGGCCGGCCAGGAUGAGUACAGCAUCUUCCCUGCCCAAUACUCCAUGAACAUCCACGGCUACGUCCUGGUCUACUCCAUCACGUCGGAGAAGUCCUUUGAAGUGGCCCAGGUCAUCUACGACAAGAUUCUCGACAUGAUGGGCAAAGUCACAGUUCCUGUGGUGUUGGUGGGAAACAAGAAUGAUUUGCAUUUGGAGCGUGUGGUGAGCACCGACCAGGGGCGUCGCCUGGCCGACAACUGGAAGGCAGCAUUUCUUGAGACGAGUGCCAAGGAACAUGAGGCAGUGAAUGACAUCUUUACUCGAGCCAUCCUGGAGAUUGAGAGGGCUGAUGGGAACCUGCCCCCUGGAAAUGGCUGCCGUAUUUCAUGAAGACUCUGUGAUAUAGCCAGAACCUUUAUUGCCACCAUCUUCCUGAUCACUGAUUUGGAUUUUGAAAACAGGACUUUGUACAGGGGUGUCUCUCUUCAUGGGCUACAGGACCCAGGAAAUUGUGUUUUCUUCUGUUGUAUCAUUUCUUCAUGGCCUUGCCUGUUGUGAGUAUGAGCCAGCCCACUAGUUCCACGCAGGCCCAUCAUCCUUGUCCGUCACAGGUGCAGGUCAAUACUGGGGCCAGUGGGUGUGGCUCGCAAUUCAAGGCUCAGGUAUAUACAUAGAGAAAAAUAUUAGGUGGAUCUAUGUUAGGGAUCACAGCUCAUCCACUGCCUUAGAUGGUGGAAUUUGUACACUAAAGCCUGUUUGGGUCUGGCUUUGAGGAAUUGAAAGACAAAGUGUGUGUGAUUUGGGAAUCAUAGUAAUCAAAUGCCUUGUUUAUGUUCAUUGCCAUUGCAAUGCAAGGAAGGAACUGUUUCUUUCAACUCCAUGUGUUUAGGAAAAGUCGUAUCACUUAACUUUUUUCUUCUUUAAAUUGUUGGUCACAAUUUCAGAAGAAACCUUAAAGAGCCGCCAGUAUGCUGGGUACAAUGAUGACCAUAUUGGAAUUCCACUUAAAUAUGUAGAAAAUAUUACACGUGGGGAUGGCAUUCUUAAUUAAUAGCUUACAUCUUAAGUAAGUGAGGAAGACUACACGUUGUGGAAGCUGAGCUAAUGGUGAAAUAGCUAAGCUUAUAUAAUGUAAGGCAAUAAAUUCAUAGAAAAA